UCAAUUGUCAUUUUUCUCAAUGUCAAACGAUCGGAGAUGGGAAGGAAUUGGGAUGGAGUUUAUAAUUCCCUCAGCAAUAUUUAUUUUUCAAUAAACCUUCGUUAUUAUGACUAAAACUCCCAAAUAUGUUCAAGCAAAUACAAUACUGUGCCACAGUGUUUCUUUUUUUCACAUUUUUUUAUAUAACCAGAUUAGUUUUAAGUGAAAUAUUCGAAGAUGAAAGUAGACAAGUCGAUGAGUGGUUGGAGCAGAAUGAUCUCGGCGAUUAUAAAAAGAUGUUCAAAGACCUCGGCAUAUCGACGCUGUCGGGCUGCGCGUCGCCGGAGAACAUGGAGCGGCUGCCCGAGCUGCCGGCGGCGGAGGAGCGGCGGCUGCGGCGCGCGGCGCACGUGCUGCAGCAGCGGCUCGUGCUGCGCCAGUGGCUGGCCACGCACAAACUACAGCACGCAUACUCUAAGUUACUUAGUCUGGAUGUCUCCUCCUUAGAAGAUGUGUACUGGCUUGAGGACUCGACCGCCAGACAUGUCAUCGACCCCAAAGACUUCAACGCCUGGUGCUCGGCGCGCCAGAGCCUCCCCACGGGGAAGGAGGCACUGCAGACCCUCAAGUUGGACCUCUGGAGUGCUGUUGUUAAGAACAGCAAGCAUCAGGACGCUUGGACUUGGGGCGGCAUGCUGGUGGUGUCGAUCUCCGUGUGCGGGCUGGUGACGCUGGCCGCCAUGACGCAGCCGGCGCUGGCGCCCGAGGCCAAGCACUCGCUGCUGCAGUACGUCACCGGCAAAUACCUGCACCCGCCGAGCUGUAAGGUAGAGUGGGGCUGGGAGGAGCCGCAGCCGGUGGGCGAGACGAUGUGCUUCACGGUGCACUGCUUCCAGCGCAACGGCCAGCCCUACCCCAUCUGCGACACCGACGAGCUCGUCGUUAACAUCUCGCACGGGACCAGGAAGAUAACAGCAGUAGUGGAGCUGGGGUCCGGGGACCCGGCCAAGGCGAACACGGCGCGAGUCAAGUUCACGGUGCGGACCGCCGGCGUGUACAUCAUCAAUGUGCUGAUCGGCGGGCAGGCGGGCGCCGGCGGGCCGUUCCGCAAGUGGUUCGCGGCGGGGCGCGUGGAGGCGCGGCGCUCGCGCGUGGGGCGCGCGCUGGCGGCCCUCGUGUGCACGGCGCAGCGCGCGCGCCGCCUGCACGUGCACCCGCGCGACCGCUUCGACAACCCGGCGCCGCUCGCGCACCCCGCCAGCGAGGGGUUCGCGAUCGAGAUCCGUCCGGUGGGCGGCGCGGUGGAGCCGGCGCUGGCGGCGGCCGCCACCUUCGAGUACGACGCCGUCAACCAGCGCGUGAGCGUGGCGCUGUGCUUCCCGCGCGCCGGCGUCUUCCGCGCCGCCAUCUGCUACGACGGCGUGCUGCUGCACAACGGCGAGUUCGACUGCAUCGUGCUCACAGCGAGCGACACGGCCACGGUGCAGCGGCAGCUGAGCGCGCGGCGCGGCGCGUCGUUCGAGGCGCGGCUGGCGGGCCCGCGCGCGCGCCGCGUGCUGUGCUGCCUCAGCGCCAAGCAGCUGCUGCUCAAGGACUACAUCCUGCGGUUCAUCCCCAAGCGCAUCACGUCCUUCCGCCUCUGCCCCUCCACCAAGCUGAUCCUCAGCCCGCGGGCGGAGGGCACGGGGCCGGCCGGCGAGCUGACGCUGGACGACGGCGUGCAGCCGCCGGUGCAGCUGUGGGCGGCCGAGCGCGACCUGCUCGCCGCCACCUUCACGCAGCUGCUCAUCGCCAACUGUGGCGGGGAAGAUAGCUUCAAGAACAAGCAGGACUUCUUCUACAGCGAGGUGCGCAAGGCGCACUGGCGGCUGCCGCACGACAAGCUGGCGCUGCGCGUGUCGCGCGCCGAGCUGCUGCGCUCCAGCCUCAAGGCCACCAAGAGCUUCACCGUCACCGACUGGUGCAAGAACUUCGACGUGUGCUUCCAGGGAGAGCAAGGCGUGGACUGGGGCGGCGUGCGGCGCGAGUGGUUCUCGCUGCUGUGCGCGCAGCUGUUCGACGGCAGGGGCGGCCUGUUCGUGUCGAGCACCGACGCGCCCGCCGGCCUCGUGCACCCCAACCCCGACCGCCCGCCGCACUUCAAGCUAAAACAUUUUGAAUUCGCGGGAAAAAUAGUGGGCAAAUGCCUGUACGAGAGCGCUCUGGGGGGCGCGUACCGGCAGCUGGUGCGCGCGAGACUCGCCCGCUCCUUCCUCGCGCAGAUCAUCGGCCUCAGAGUGCACUAUAAGUACUUCGAGCAAGACGACCCCGAGCUGUACCUGUCCAAGAUCAAGUACAUCCUGGAGACGGACCUGGACGCGUCCGACUCCGUCCCGGAGAUAUACUUCGCGGAUGACGUGUACGACUCGUCCGGACGCCUCGUGGUGACGAGGGACCUCGUACCCAACGGCUCUACCAUAAGGGUACGCAACGACACCAAGCUGAAGUACCUGGACGCGCUGGCGCAGUGGCGGCUGGCGUCGCGCUGGCGGCCCGAGACCGACGCCUUCCUGCGCGGCCUCACGCUGCUCGUGCCCGACAACCUGCUGGCCAUCUUCGACGAGAACGAGCUGGAGCUGCUGAUGUGCGGCACGGAGGAGGUGUGCGUGGCGGACUGGCGCGCGCACGCGCUGGUGUCGGGCGCGGGCCGCGACUGGGAGCGGCGCCUGGGCUGGCUGUGGGCCGCCGUCGCCAACCUCAGCGCCGAGGAGCGCGCGCGCCUGCUGCAGUUCACCACGGGCUGCAGCCAGCUGCCGCCCGGCGGCUUCCAGGAGCUGAACCCGCGCUUCCAGAUCACGGCGGCGCCCACGUUCGGCGCGCUGCCCACGGCUCACACGUGCUUCAACCAGCUGUGCCUGCCCGACUACGACUCCUACGAGCACCUGGUGCGCGCGCUGCUGUGGGCCAUCAACGAGGGCGGCGAGGGCUUCGGCAUGAUAUAGAUUACCACCACUAGAGGUGCACGUAAAAUUCGCCAGAAUACAUUGUGGUAAAAAAAUGGGGUUCACAAUUCGAGAGCGGUGUCCAUGAUAAAUUAUCUGGUUUCAGUGGUUUCAAACCCAAUUCUAUAUCUAAAUAAUAGAUAUAGAAUUGGGUAUGAAACCACUGAAACCUUGGCUUGGAAACUGAAAAGUUGGCUCCUUGCGCUGUGAGUAGAUGUCAAAACAAUUAAGUUGGGUGGAAUCACUUUUUUGAUGGGCCAGCUUGUGUGACAUCCUCUCACAGUAUAAUCAAUUAAUUAAUUAACCAAACGGGGUCUCUUUCUCGAAUUUAACCGCAACGCAAAAUUUCAUAUGAAAUUUCCAAAUCUUCCUAUUGUUUUGUCGGGUUUUGUGAAAUGGUAGAAUGUAGGUAUACAGGGGGUCCACCGAAACCAGCUAAAUUUUGAACGCGGUCUAUGAGAAAAGAAGAAGUUUGGGAACCUCUUAUAUAUGCACGCCACAACAUUUGGACCCCGCGCCCCGCCUGAACAGCGAAUUGAGGGAUAAAAUUAAGGGAUGUUACAAUUUUAAUCACUGAUCAAGCUUGACCGAAGAUUGAAUACUAUACGACAAUAAUUUGGGUCCCAUUUCUGGAUCUGUUGAGCUUUUGCUGAGUAAUACGUUUCUAGGGGUACAUACUAAAAUGUACGUCGCUCAACACACUAGUAUGGGGUGUAGAUCAAUGUAUUUCAAUAACACUAAGGGUGAUUUCAGACUAGCGUAUUUUUUGCGCAUAAACGGUCCUUUAAACUAUAAAUAUAAAACGCUAGUCUGAAACUGCCCUAAAGCUGGCUUUUAUACCACGCCUUUACGUAUAUUUUAAAAAUAUCUACUACACAUCUAUGAAGAAACGCUAAAACAUGCAAUCUUCUGUAAUUAAUUAAGAUUUCCUUAAAUUUCUAAGAAUUAUUUCUAAAUCUCGAAUCAUUCCACAUUAUUUUACAGAAACUGUUAAAAUCUCUUCCGGAAUUUUUAUCAGAGCACGUCAAAAACUCCGACAAAAAUUCCGGUAAACGUUUCACUGUUUUAAAUGUAUAUUUUUUUUAACAAUAAGUAAAAGUCUACCAAUAACAUUUACCUACUUCAUUUAAAAACUACUAAAAUGGUAGAAUUAAAUUCCACCAUGAUGCUAUCAACAUCUAGUCAUUAUUUUGUCGAAUCGACGAUAAACGCGUUUAUUUUUGUUAUUUUAUAAAGUUUAUAUACAAUAACUUAUUGAGACUCAGUGUUAUGUUGUGUCGCUGACGACCUAAUAGGUAGAAGAAUUAUUAAAACGGUAGGAUAUUUAGCUUGACAAACUUGAAACUUAGACCAAAUGCACAGAAUAGAGAAUUAUACAGAAUGAGUCUACGGAGGCAAAGGUCACAUACACUGGGCUAUCACGACUCUCAAAAAAAAAAACAUAUAUAUGAGACGCUAUUUUUUUUGAAUAAUAUUAGAAAAUACUGAUGCGACGCUUUGUGUCGUACUGACUCGAGAAUGUAUUAGUUUUUGAAUUUGUAUUUGGAAUGGCGACAUCACUGUUGUGUUCCGUGCGCUCUAUCUGCCUGUUAUUCUUUAAUCUGUGCUUAGACGUAGCCUCAGAAUAACAAUUUGUGAAUCUGAUUACAUAGCUAUACUCGUACUUUGAAUAGAUUUUAUUUUGAAUUGUAUAAGUAUUAAAACAAUAAAUCAGAUUAUACAUAUUAACAGACCGACUUAGUAAUGAGGUCAAUAAAAGGUCACUAAAUUAUUCAAUAGUGUUGCUAAUCAACGUAUCGAUAGAUUAUAAUCUAAAAAGUACCAUCAUUAUUUGUAUACUCCAUGUUAAAAUACGUUGUCGUAUUUGUUGUUACGUGGCCUAAUAAAUUGCAAACUGUUAUCUUAAAUGGCCUAGGACCCUAAAUACCAAUUAUUUCGUAUUAUUAAAAGCUAACUACUAGUGAAACUAAUCAUUAUUUUUGCAACUACUGAUCGGUUAUUUAGUCAAACAUAGUUUGUUUUUUGUCUAGAGGUCUCACAAUCGAGUAUUUCCGACCUUUGAAUAUACUGUAGCUUGGCAAAACCUUUGUAACAUUCCCGAUGGUCCGCGAGCGACGGGAGCGGGGUAGCGAUGCCCAGCGCGUACGACUUCAUACCCGCGCAGACCUCUUUGCCCUCUAUACUCAGGGAGUGAGUGCCCUCUAUAGUGAGGGAGUGAGUGCCCUCUAUAGAUAUCAACGAAAUUGCCAAGCUAUAGUGAGGUUGAGGUCCUAGAUGUAUACAUAUGUAUAGAUUCCUGCCAUGUAAAAUGUGUCCGUCGACUAAUGGAAUUGAUCGUGUGACAAUAAAGCCUCUAACUUUGCAUCUAAACAAUGUGUUAUAGUUGUUUCGCAUUCGGAAGAUGGUUUUGGAUUUUUGAUAUGAUAUGACUGUUGAAGAAACUAAGGUUUAAAAAAAAAAAAAAUUGGGUUCGCGUACCCCAUUUUGAGAACCCCUGCUCUAUACUAUAAUUACAAUAACUCUCACUCUAAGUGGCUUGCGCUCGCGAUGACACAACUUGGAUUAGUUUAAGAAAAAGAAGAAUACUUUAUUGUACACAAAAAUAGAUUAACAAAUUAUCACUAAGUCAGUUUAAGUUAUCACUUCUGUCGAACGUCCCGAGACGCACACUUUUUUUUGUUAUACUGGCUUUACUGGCUCUGAGUUCUAGCCCUUUUUAGCCUAACUCUUUUAAGCCUUUGAAGGUAGUAGUAAUGCAAGUAAGUGUGACUGGCGUAUUUAUGUAAAACUGAGGGAGCAUCAGCAAUGUAAGAACAUAUUACUUAAAUUACUGCAUUUGAGUUAUUGUUAAGCAAAAGUUUUUAAUCGCUCUAAAUGAUUUGAUAAUGCGUUCGUGAUGUCACUUUUCGUUACACACACAAAUGCAUUAGUGCUGCAACUUAACUUUUACAUCAAAAUGUAAACCGUCUUCCGGGAAUAGAAGAACUAUACAAUACAUUCGUUGGACGUGCAGUGUGAAAAUACUCUUAGUAAUUGAUAGCAGUGGCAUGCAAUCAAUACAACCCGUGCAUUUAUGGUAUUUAGUAGUUAGUAAUUAUUCGAUUCUCUAAUUUAAUAUUAUUUCUUUAGACUGUCACUGUCAAUAACUUACUUUCCAAUACGUUUUUUGUUGAUAUACAUAACAUUAUCGAUAUGAGCGUUGCACAUCACUACAUACUAAGUUAAAGCUCCGUAGGUGCGAAAGAGCACGCCGUACAAUCCGUACCGCUCACACGAUUUGUGCGUCGCCUUCUACAUUUUGUACUUCAAUGCAUACUGUAAACGAACAUCUAUGCACGCCACUGUUACUAAUUGUAUCACGGGAACAUAAUGUAUUCAACAUCCAGACAUUGCGUGAAUGAAAGACUAUAAUAUGCAUUUAUUAGAUUAUAAUUUAAUAGUUUUAUUUAUUUAAAGUUAGUUAAACGUAGACAACUAUUCUUGUACAUAAAAUUAUGGUUGUGUGUGAAUUAAUACGUAUACAGUGAUACACACGUAUCAUGCCGGUAGAUAUCUGUAUCUAAUAGGUAUGAUUAAAAAAUGUGUAUUUUUUUUAUUUUAUUUAUUAUUAUAUUAUAUAAUAUUAUAUUACAUUUUAUUUAUUUAUUUGAUUAUAAGUCCAUUCAGUAUUAAUUCCAGUCAGUAAAAUGACAAGUGUAACUGUCACUGAAAUGUCAUUUUACUGACUGUAAUUACUAAUCGUACUAUAGUUUUGUCGAGAGAGAUGAGUGAUUUUAAAGGGCAUUUUAAAUGCAAUUAAAGUCGCAUGCUUGCAUUGGAGCAUAAUAAAUGGUUAGGCCUAUAAAUUAAUCUAUUGAGUUUAUAUUAAUAAGCAGUGUAUGUUUUGUGUUGUUUCUGCUAAACAUAAAACAGUGCUAUCCUUUUCUCAGUGCCCACAGUAGAGAGGGAUGCCACUAUUUAUAGUAAGUUAAUUUACUUAAGGAUAAAAAUUUUAAUAAUAAAAAUUCAACCGACUUCCAACUCAAAAAUUAACCUAAACUAAAAAGCAAAAAAUAACAUCUUACCUAUAUGCUACCUUCUGAUCAGUUUGAAGGCGAUGCCAAGCCAGUGAUGUUUUAAUUCAAGCCGUUUAAAUUACAAAAUUUCUGUGGUUCUUUCAGAAACGGCUUUAAUUAAAACAUGACACUGGAUUGGCACCGCCUUCAAACUGAUCAGAAGGUAGCAUAUAGGUAAGAUGUUAUUUUUUGCUUUUUAGUUUAGGUUAAUUUUUGAGUUGGAAGUCGGUUGAAUUUUUAUUAUUAAAAUUUUUAUUUUUUAAUUUUUAGUGUUACCACACCUUACUGAGUGUGAACACAAAUGAAACGUUAUUUUCUUAUAAUAAGUAUCUACCUUAACUCGUAUACAAAAUUUCACUCCCCCUUUAUCCACACGUAAUAUGAAUAUUCAGAAAAACGUGAAAGGUGACCGCCCUCCGUCUUCAUCACCAGACCCCCUAUGCAGUCACAAUCCAUACGGUUGGAAAGUUCUCAUCAAUAUAAAAUUUAUCAAGUCCAAACACAAGGUAGCUACUGUGAACCGACGAGGAGUUCCCUUAACUCACCUUCAUCUUCGUCACCAGAUCCCUAUAACAGUCACAACCUAUCCAGGUGGAAAGUUCUCAUCAAUACAAAAUUAUCAAGUCAAAACACAAGGUAGCUACUGUGAACCGUUGAAGAGUUCCCUUAACUAUGCUUCGUCUUCAUCAACAGACCCCUAAUACAGUCACAACCCAUCUUGGUGGAAAAUUCUCAUCAAUACAAAUUUGUCAAGUCCAAACACAAGGUAGCUACUGUGAACCGUUGAGGAGUUCUGUUAACUGUCCUUCAUCAUCAGACCCUUAAUACAGUCACAACCCAUCUAAGUGGAAAGUACUCAUUAAUACAAAUAAAUCAAGCCCAAACAAGAGGUACCUGCUGUAAAUCGUUGACGAGUUCCAUCGUCUGUGUUUCGGCUCCAUCAUCAGACCAACUCCAGACCUUCAUAAAAUUGUAGUGGUUUAAAAUACCUUAUGGAAACACUAACAAACGCACUAGCCGUCCCUACGAUUUUCGAAAGUUCCCCUCAAUUUCUCCAGGAUGCCAUCAUCAGAUCCUGACAUGAAAAAAAUGGGACCACCCUGGAAUCAAACCCUUCAAAACAAAAAAAGAAUUUUCAAAAUCGGUCCACAAAUGACGGAAUUAUCGCUGGACAUACAUAAAAAAAAAAAAAAAAAAAAAAAAAACAUACAUACAGCCGAACGUAGAACCUCCUCCUUUUUGGAAGUCGGUUAAAAAUUAUAGUUUGCGUUAGUGGUACCUAAAAGAGAUUUCUCUGUAAGAUCGGCAAAGGGAACUCCGUUGCAAUUUUUUGAAUCUCGUGGUAUUUCAUUUGAUCGGGGGGAGGAUGGGGCAGUUUGAGCAAUUUGAGUUUCUCAUUUUGUAUUGCUAUGCAUUCCACAAAAAAAACGUCCCGUGAAAUUUACGGUGCAAUUUUUUUCUCGUUGGAAUCCGUUCGAAUUUGAAUUAACGAUACAUAGCUAACAAUUGCUUAUGCCACUGCAGUAGUGAUACUCUCUCUUUGGUACUAAUUUUGUAUAUUAUUAAAUUAUUUAUUUAUUAAAGUGUGUACUAUGUACGAUACAAAUUGUAGAAAAAUCGAUGUAAAUUAUUGUAUUUUGAUGUUGAUGCACAAAUUUAAUAACGAUGAACUGUUGGUUACCAUGUGUGUGAAAUUAUGUAUUAUAAAUGUGUAAAAUAUAAUAUAAAUUUAGAGCAAAAUAAGAGAAAGAUAUUAUCUAUAUUUAUUUUUCUCACUCGCGCUGUAAAUAAACCAUGCACAUGCAUGCAUAUAAACAAUGCUUACUCUUCAAGUUAUUGUGUAGGAUUUUUCUACACUUCUAUCCUGGGUUAUAAGCAAACAUUCAUUUUAUAAAGUUAAUUAUAGUACGCGCCAAACUACGCGUCCGCUCUGAAGUUGUAUCGUACCUAACUGCGCAAAUUUACUAACUCCGUUUUUGAAUUGCGCCAACAUACGCCUCAUGUUCGGAGUGGACUAGAAGAUUGGUGAAAUUUUUAGUGUUAUUUACGGCAGCGAGUAAGAAGCGAAUCUUUGUAUUGUACCUACUGUUGUAGAAUAAGACAAGUUCGAAAGUAGAGACUGUAGAAAAAGCGGAGGCUAUCUAUAUGAGAGUCUUGAUUUAUAAUGUUUGAACACAAAGCGUCAACAGCGAUGCCGACAACCGGCGCGGUGAUUCAAUAUGGCGCCCCAUGCAUUUAUUAUAAAACAGUAAUAUAAUCGCACAGGUGGAAUAAGGACCUGUAGAAUCUGUUGUAUAAAAAGAAAUAUUUAGAUUUAUUUAAACGGUUGAGGGUCUGAAUCCUUGAAACGUGCUACGAUUGAUACUCCACAAUUGCCCACCGUAGUUACCUUUAGUAGGUAUUUUCAUAUUUAUAAAAUGAGGAAGAUCUGGAUAUCACAUGCUAUAAACCUUCUAACCACCGAUGACUCACUUGUCGUUAUCGCUGUGAAUCAAUUUAGGCCAUAGAUUCUAUCUAUGAUCGGUCACUGUAACGGAACUAUAACUGUUUGGUCUAACUUGACCGUGACGUGGACAAACAAUCUAUCUGUAGCGUUUAGAAGUCUUCUUUUCUAUUUUCUUACUUCUAAGAAAAUAAACAAAUACCACCACGUGGCCUAUGAACUAGGUAUAGCUGUCCCCUGCUUACCCCGUAACGUUACUGUAAAGCGCUUUUAACAUUUCCUCUGUCCGUAAAGAUGAGUUCUAUUUACAAUUAUUUAUUCUUGUUACUUUAUUAUGACGAUCCAAUAUAAGCGCCAAACAACACAUCAGAAUAUGUGUUACUUUGUGAACGCGUGGUUCUGGGUUUGAUUUACAGCUCCGGAACAAUAAAACAGAGCAGAUGCAGAACAAUAUAAAGGAGAAACCCAGUCUCCAUACAAAUUCGGGCCCAAAUUAUACGAAUGAUACAGAGCUAAAAAUUUUACAUAAAUUCGGACAACCAAGGACAACUCAUGAGGCCAAUUUUUAACAAAAUCUAUAUUUGUCUUACUUAAUAUUAUUGGUGGUCAAUAAUUCAUAUACCUUUGACAUGAAAUUUAUUGCAUUAUCUGUGUCUAACUGACAAGCGACAGUUUUAAGAUUUGACACAUCUAAGUAAUCAAAAAGAUAUUAUUUGACAAUGACUUAACUUGACAUUGACAGCCCGCGUUUGCAAAGACAACUGACAAUCAGUGAAAUACGCAUCAAAGCUGUUAAAUAAAUCACUACGUUAAGCUUAUGCAAAGCUAAUGAAAUUAGCUUAUUUUCCCUGUUGGCGAAUAUUAAUUCGGUAUAGAUUCUAAUGGAGUAAUCUAGUAAAAUAUACAAGAUUUUUAGUACAUUUCUAAUUUCUGAAUCGUUCUGAAAAGUGCGAAGCCCAAUUUUGGAUAUCUCAUUUAGUCAGUGGUGAGUCCGCCACUACACUGAGCGUAAAACCAGAUUAACUGCUUGAUGUAAAGUUCAUUAUGAACUAGCAGCGUUAUCACCUUACGUCGGAUGUUAUAAUCUGUUCGGUUAUUCGCACUUGAAUGCCGCCAGAAUGAAAGUUUAAUUUCGGGGUCAGAAAGUAAAAAAGUACAGAAAGUAAAAGUUCCACUGCGAGUUAGUAGGUAUGUCAAACGAGUUCUGUGGCUCUUUUAGAGUGAUUGCAGACUAGCGUAUUUUUUGCGCGUAUAUGGUUGUUUCAUUAUACGCGCUAACACGUGCGCUUCAAAAAACUGGGCUCGCGUAAAAAAUAGGCAUAUUUCAGUAUGUUUGCUCAAACCGGUGGUGUCAUGUCAGUAUCAACAUAACAUAUACGAGCUUAGAAGCGCUUCGACGUUCGUACGAGUUGAGCGUGUGCAAAAGGCGCGCCUAUACGCGCUUGCAAAAAAAGAGCUCAUACGCGCGUAUAAAACGCUAGUCUGAGACCGCUCUUAUUUUCCUAAAGCGAGCGAGCCAAACUGAAAUACAAAUGGAAAACCUAGGCUGUAAAAACAAAUUAGAGGUCAAAUUGAUUUAUAGAGUAAUUCCGCAAGUAACCUUAUCGCCAGUAAAAGUAUAAAAGCAAAAUUAUUUAGUUCUGUCCUGCGAAUUAACAUUUUAAUUUUAGUCUUAACACAAUAUACCCUGCUGUAAUAGAAUUCUACUUGUAUUUUAAAUGUUGAUAUUUUGUAGUAGAUUGUUGAAUAGAAUUAUUGUAAGACUGAAUGAAUAAACAGACAUCAAACUGC